UCCUCUGUACUACAACUCCCGUCAGUCACUACACUCCCGUCGUGCCCCGGCGGCGUAAGGGGCCUCGGCGCUGAGCCUUCUGGGAAUUAUCCAGGAGAGCGACUUGCGGCUGCGGCGCAGGACAUGCCGGGAGUCGUGGUCCGGGUGGGCGUGCGCGGGCGGACAGGUCACUACAGGCGCCUCCAGAAGGGUCCGCCAGCCUAGCUGCUGAGGUUGGUUUGCGAGAUUGCAGUCCUGGUCGCGGCCAGAGGUGAACGCCGUAGGCCCCGAAGCCGCAAACGCCUGGGCGGCCGGAGCAAGAUGUGCGGGACCGACGGAUGGACUGUGAGCGCUGGACAGACACGCAGAGCAUGAGGCAGGGACCUGGGUUCCACAUGAUGGUGAAGCUCUGAUAUUGCUGCAGAUCCAGUUCCAAGGCUCCAGCCCUCCCAUGUCUCACUGAGUGCUGCUGCCGAUGGCCAUCCCCAAGUGCCUCCUGAGCUCAGGGCUCUGGGAAAAGGACAGAUAUCUCCAAGUGAAGGUGGAAGAGGAGGAGGAGGAGGAGGCUAGGCUCUACCGGGGCCAGGAAUCUAGCCAUGUCCAUACUGCUCAUUCUGAGGCUGUACGCCUGCGUUUCCGGCACUUCUGCUAUGAGGAGGCAUCCAGCCCACAUGAGGCCUUGACCCAGCUUCGAGAGCUGUGUCGCCAGUGGUUACAGCCCGAGGUGCACUCGAAGGAGCAGAUCCUGGAGCUUCUGGUGCUGGAGCAGUUCCUGGGUGCGCUGCCCCCCAAGAUGCAGGCCUGGGUACAGUUGCAGGGCCCCAGGAGUGGAGAGGAGGCUGCUGUGCUGGUGGAGGAUCUGACUCAGGUGCUGGACCAGAGAGGAUGGGAGCCAGGAGGUGAGCCAUCAGAGGCAAACUGCAAGGAGAGCAAUUCAGAAGAGUCAGAGCGAUCAUGCAUGGUUAGUGAAAUCCUCAUGGGAGAACAUGAGGGCAGCUCAGAGACGCAGGCAGGACCCUCAGGGGAGACCUGCACAACAUCUAUUGCUCAAGAGAUGGAUAUUAGGAAAGUUUCAGGGCAUUACAAGGAUGCCCCCACAGACCAGCUUGGUUGUGAAUCUGGUGCCUCUGGGAACAGUUCCAAUGCCUGGCCAAGCUUCAGCUCCCAAGAGAAGACUCCUCCAGGAAAAAAGUUUGAUCUGCUGUAUGGUUAUGGGGCAGAGCCUCCAGCUACAGACUUGGGCAGGAAGUCCUCCAAGUGUGGCAAAUGUAGGAAAACAUUCCAGAGUGCCUCAGCCCUUGAGGCACACCAGAAGAGCCACUCUCGGAAGACGCCUUAUGCCUGCAAUGAGUGUGGGAAGGCCUUCAGCCGGAGCACUCACCUUGCCCAGCACUCAGUGGUGCACACAGGGGCAAAGCCCUAUGAGUGUAAGGAGUGUGGGAAGGCCUUCAGCCGGGUCACCCAUCUGACGCAGCACCAGACGAUUCAUACUGGAGAGAAACCCUACAAAUGUGGGGAAUGUGGCAAAACCUUCAGCCGCAGCACCCACCUUACCCAGCACCAGCGGGUGCACACAGGGGAGCGACCCUAUGAGUGUGAUGAGUGCGGGAAGGCCUUCAGCCAGAGCACCCACUUGACUCAACACCAGCGCAUCCACACUGGGGAGAAACCCUACAAGUGCGAUACAUGUGAGAGAUCCUUCAGUGACUGCUCAGCUCUGAUCCGACACCUGAGAAUCCAUUCCGGAGAGAAGCCGUAUCAGUGUAAGGUUUGCCCAAAGGCCUUUGCGCAGAGCUCCUCCCUCAUUGAACACCAGAGGAUCCACACAGGAGAGAAGCCCUUUAAGUGCAGCAACUGUGGGAAGGCCUUCAGCCGCAGCUCAGCGCUCAUGGUUCACCUGAGGAUCCACAUCACUGUACUGCAGUGACUGUAAACGGCCCUUGCAUAGUCUCCUCUCAGAGACUUACUUCGUAAGAGAAACCCUGAGUUCUAAAACAGCCAAGAACAGGGUGCAUGAUUGAUGCGUCGCUACAAUGGUCCGUGCUUGAGGGCAGACUGGGGAACAACUCUGCAUUGAGCACCCAGGCAAGGCCCAGGUGAACACAAAGGGACUCAGGCCAGCUGGAGAAGCUUUCAGAAGGAUCCUGCUGUCCUCUAUUUUCCAUAUAGGCCUGUCCAAGAGAGAGGACAGCUGAGUUAAGGAUUUGGAUUGGUUCUCGGCCAGGGCAAGCGAAGGCAGGUAUCUUUCAGAACUCAGUGGUCCCCAGAUGCUCUGGGCAGGCAGACUCCAGCUCCUUGUUCUCACAUGGCUGCUCUUCCUGCUCAUUCCUAUGCUGCUUGCCCAGAAAGAACACCUGCCUGCUCUGCGUCUUGGCACCUACUGUUUCCACCCCACCCUGUCUUGUACCUGAUUCCAAGGCUGCCUCUUCCAUGAAUCUCUUUCCAGACCCUCUGUCUCUCUCAUGUUUUCCCUGUCUUACAGUCAGUGGUGCUGCUGGACACUUGCCCAACAUCUGUUUCUCCCUCCCCCUCUCCUUCUACAUCCUACUAGUCACCAGCCCUUUUGGCUUAACUUAAAGCUCAUCUCUUAAUUCAUCUUCUCCUUUCCCUCAAUUGUUACCUUAUGUGAACCCUUAUUACUUCUUGCCUGGAAUAUGGCAGGGGUCUCCUUCCUGACCCCUCCUACCUUCAUUCUCCUGGAGGCUCUUUCUAUUACCCAGAUCUGAUGGUGUCACUCUGAUGGUGGAAAGCUCUCCAAUGCAUCCUCUGGGUCACCUUCUAUAACAAAGCUUCCUGAAUGUCUGUAAGUAUGCCAAGAUUUAGGUUGCUUUGCACCCCAAGCAACCUCUUCAAUUAUCCUCACAGUAUGUGCCUACAAAUGUUGUCCUUUUUCUGUGUGUGCAAUGAUGUGAAAAUGGUUUUAAGGUACUGCCCUACAGGAUAAACCAAACUCCUUUUCCUGUUGUCAUGAUUGUCCAUGGCCUGGCCUCAUCUAGCCUCACUAUCCCACCUUCCAUACAAUAGCCUCGCAGAGCCACUGUGGUUUCUAAAGAAGCCAUACUUUUUUCCACCUACGUGCCUUUGUGUCUGUGCCUGGAACCUUCCUUUUCUCUUUCCAAUAAGAUGUUUUAAAUGUGCCUCCCUGAUACCAUGAUCACGAAGGUGGUUUUCCCAGGGUGAGGCUCAUUCAUUGCACUCUGGAUGUGCUGACCCCUGUGAUUUCCCCAAAUGUGGGAAACUCAACUGCAUAAUGGGGGACUGCGUUCAUACUUUCCCCAGUUAAAAAAUAAUAAUAAUAAAUAUAAAUAAAUAAAUGUGCCUCCCUAAAGGAGCCUCCUCAACUUCCUGGAGCAGACUUCAUCUUGUCCUCUCUUCUUCCAGAGCAUCUCAUAGUUACCUCUCUUACAUCUUCUACCAUGUUGUUUUACUUAUUUACUUCCUUGCAGAGCUCAUUGACUGCAUUUUCCAAAGACACUAUGAGCUCCUGAGAGCAGGGGUCUUAUCUUACUCUCAGUGUCUACCAUAUAGAAGACUCAAUAGGGCCUGACUGAUGUCUCUUGAAUGAAUGAGGCUGGGGCCUUCCCUGAGGCAGUCAUCAUGCUCUGCCCCACAUCAUCUUUUAAAAAAAAAUUUUUUUUGAGACAGGGUCUCACUAUGUUGCCCUCGGUAGAGUGCCAUGGCAUCACAGCCCACAGCAACCUCAAACUCUUGGGCUCAAGCGAUUCUCUUGCCUCAACCUCCCGAGUAGCUGUGAUUACGGGUGCUCACCAUAACACCCAGCUAUUUUUUUUGUUGCAGUUGUCAUUGUUGUUUAGCAGGCCCAGGCCAGGUUCGAACCCGCCUGCCUUGGUAUAUGUGGCCGGCGCCCUAACCACUGAACUAUGGAUGCCGAUCCCACAUUAUCUUUAUACAAUUAUGUUUACAUGGGUGUCUC